CAGGCGCAGUGAGCGAGUGACGGCGGGAGAGGGAGCGCGCAGGCGCAGUGAGUGCGGUGACGGUUGGCGGUGCGGGUGAUGGAGGAGCGGCGGCGGGACGGCAGCUCUCUGGCGGCCCCGGAACAUUGCCACACGCGGCACCUGGUGCUGCAGCUCAGCGUGGACUUCCCCAGGAGGGUCAUCACCGGCCAGGCCGCCCUCACCAUCGAGGCCCUGACAGACGAGCUGUCCUCACUGAUCUUGGAUACGAGGGAUCUUAAAAUACACAAUGUCGUUGCCAAUGGACAGAAGGUCCAGUUCUCACUUGGAGAGAAUCAAUCUUUUAAAGGAACACCCUUAAACAUUGUUCUUCCAUUUAAGCUGUCAAGAGGCCAGCAGUUAGUGGUGGAGAUUUCAUACGAGACAUCACCGGCCGCCUCAGGACUGCAGUGGCUCAAUGCUGAGCAAACGGCUGGGAAGAAGCACCCCUACCUGUUUAGUCAGGGCCAGGCUAUCCAUAGCAGAAGCUUACUCCCUUGCCAGGAUACCCCAUCUGUCAAAAGCACUUACUAUGCUCGGAUCUCUGUGCCUGCCGAGUUGGUAGCUCUAAUGAGUGCUAAUCGAGAUGGAGAGAAAGUUGACGGGAGUAGAAAGAUUUACUGCUUUAGACAAACGGUGCCAAUACCAAGCUACUUAAUCGUGCUGGUAGUUGGAGCUUUAGAGAGCAGAGUGAUUGGCCCGAGGACCCGAGUGUGGUCAGAGAGAGAGAUGGUGGAUGCGGCUGCCACUGAAUUUGACGAGACGGAAACCAUGCUGAAGACUGCCGAAGAUCUCGUGGGACCAUAUGUGUGGGGACAGUAUGAUCUCCUCGUCCUCCCUCCAUCAUUUCCCUACGGUGGAAUGGAGAACCCCUGCCUUACCUUUGUCACACCCACUCUACUGGCUGGUGAUAAAAGUCUUUCUGAUGUAAUUGCACAUGAAAUUGCUCAUAGUUGGACAGGAAACCUGGUCACUAACGAAACCUGGGAUGACUUCUGGUUAAAUGAAGGCCACACAGUGUAUCUGGAACGCAUGAUCUGUCGCCGAAUGCAUGGUGAGAACACCAGGCAGUUUGCGGCGUUAGGAGGCUGGAAGGCCCUGCUCGAGUCGAUUCGCACGUUUGGUCCUACUAAUCCCCUGACCAAUUUGGUCCCUGAUCUCCGAGACACCGAUCCUGAUGAUGCCUUUUCCUCGGUCCCAUAUGAAAAGGGAUUCGCUUUACUUUAUCAUUUGGAAGAGCAGCUCGGAGGGCCAGAUAUCUUCGUGGGCUUCCUGAAGACCUAUAUUCAGAUGUUUGCCUACAAGUCUGUGACAACGAAGGACUGGAAACAAUUCCUGUAUUCCUAUUUUCAUGAUCAGGUUGACAUUUUGAACCAGAUUGAUUGGCAUGCCUGGCUUUAUUCUCCUGGUGUACCACCUUUCCAAGUCAAUUAUGACACCUCUCUGUCUGAUGCUUGUAUCCGGCUCGCCAAUCGAUGGAACACAGCGCCAGACUCUGAGUUGACUAUCUUUACCAAUGAAGAUCUGAAACCAUUGUCAUCAAAUCAGGUGGUUGAAUUCCUUACUCUUCUACUACAGGAGCCCGUGCUGUCCCUCCAACACGUGAAACAAAUGCAGGAGGUUUACAAAUUCAACAGCACAAAAAAUGCGGAGAUCCGUUUCAGAUGGCUCCGAUUGUGUCUGCGAGCCAAGUGGGAGGAGGCCAUUCCUCUGGCGUUACAGAUGGUGACAGAACAAGGCAGAAUGAAGUUCACUCGACCUCUUUACAGGGAUCUGUACAACUUUGAAACAGCGCGUCAGCAAACCAAGAACACGUUUGUGAAGAAUAAACCCAACAUGCACCCGAUCACAGCCAGUAUCAUCGCCAAAGACCUUCACAUGGAUCAACAAUAGAACAUAAGAAUUUUCUGGCAAAAGAAGAUCAAUGUCCAUCCAGUUCGCCUCUCACCAUCCUGGCUGUCACUUGACAUGUUGUGUCCUAAACUAUACACUGUAUCCCCAGAGAUUAUUUUCUAGCAGAAAUCUAAUUUGUUCUUGAAACAAACAACAUUUUCUGCUCCCACCGUCUGUCUCCCUCGGGAGCCUGUUCAAUACAUUUACAACUCUGAAGUAGUAUUUCUGAAUUUAGCCCCUUCAAUGUCCUCUGGUUCUACUGUUCAAUACAAGAUAAAACAGCUUAUCAUGGUCUAUAGUCAAUGCCUUCAGAAUCUUAAAGACGGUAAUCAUAUCACCUCUCAACCUUCUAUUAAUAAUAGGACUGCUCAGUCACGUAAAGAUGGGCUGAUCUGGAAAUUAAGUAGUCCAGUAUAAGAGCAUCUUCUGAACAAUAAUCUCAGCCCAAAACUUGCUCUUGACAAAUUUAAAGUGAAAUACAAUUGACAUAAGAUUUUUUUUAAUGUGUUCAUUGAAAUUCUGCAUUACAGGGAUGAAAUCAGUUUUUCUAUAAUUGUUACUGGUUUAACAAAUAAACCAGUAUUUGGUUUAGGAGAUUUAACUAAAAAUAAAUCUUUACCAGUGAUUUGAGCGCAUUAUUAACACGUGUAUCAGUAAAAUAAUAAAAAUCUAAAAUAAUAAAAUGAUUGAGUUUUCUGCAAAUUGUUCUGGCUGUUUUUCUUUUGGUCAAUCGGCUGUCUGUCCCAUGGAAAGCCAUCUCUGUGCUUAAGCCAUCUAAACCAAACUGAGUUUCAGGUAACAAUAAACCAACACCCGAGUGCCUCUAUUACAUUAGUAAUAAUCCUUGCAUUUGACAUAGCGCCUUAUCAUGUAAUUGAGACUCCUCAAAGCGCUGGUUGCUCAGCCUAACCAUCAUGAUCUACAGCAGGGUGAUCCAGCUGGUGGCCGUGGGCUGCAUCCGGCCCCUCCUCCCUCCAUUUUAUCCGUCCCACCUGCUCCCUCCUUAACCUGUAAAUGUUGGAUGUUUCUGGAAGGGAAACAAAAUGCGUCUCACAAACAUUUCCCAAAUAGGGCAAACAGCCCUCAGCAGCCACAAGGUUGGACCCCCAGGGCUACAGUGAAUGCGACUUCUAUUAUAUAAUGGGGGGAGGGGGGGAAGGCGCAUUUAAGGGAUUAAAAACUGCUUUAAAAACAUACUAGACUGGAACGUGCAAAGCAAAACUGUUUGCAAAGGUUUCUGAAGGCGUAUGGAUUUGUAAGAAUUACAAGUUGAAGAGAGUGCUAAAUGUUCAGUAAAUGUACACAAACAAACACCCCCCACCCCACCCCGUUGCUCCCUUUCACUCAGCGAUUUAUUCAUUUUAAUUUUGAACUACAAAUGUUAAUUUUCAACUAAAAAUGGAAUAUCUGUGGUUUUCUGUGAUUUGCUGAUGGUAAUUGUGUGGAGAGAGAGACUUUGGAAUUCCAGACUUUCUCACUGUUGACUAAACUUUAUGAUUGUGUGAAAUAUAUGGGAAAACUUCAGGUGUUUGGUUAGUAAUUAAAAAUAAAUCUUUACCAGUGAUUUGAGAGCAUUACUAACACGUGUAUCAUUGGAUAAUAAAAUGAUUUAAGUUUUCUGCAAA